CAAAAGCAGUGCUUGCAAGAACAACAGUGUGGCCUUAUUGUUUUCUGUGUUUACAUAGGUUUUUGAAGAGUGCCACAGCCAGUGUAAUAAGACAGUCGACAAAAGUAGGGAAAGGCCAAUUCCCAGUUACUGUUAAAGAAGCAGAUAGUACUAGGGGAGGUGAGGAAUUGGAAACAGAUCAAAAGAAAAGAAAGAAGGUGAAGGGAAAGAAAAGAGGACACAAACAUAAACACCACUCCAAUGAUACAGCUGGUACACAAGUUCAGGGCACAAGAGACAGCAGUGCACAGUCCAUACGCCAGAGAAGUUCAUCGAGGUCCUCCAACCUCGAGAGAGAAGACAGUGUGAUAGAGGAGGUAGACGAGGAGGAGGAGCUUGAGGAGGAAGAGAUAGAAGCUGAGGAAUUCAUUUAUGAGGAUGAGGAGAUGGAGGAGGAAGGAAGUUUAUCCCUAUCUGACCCAGAAACUAAUCUUACCAAUGUAGAAAUCACAGAUGAUAAAGGGUGGGAUACAGAUUUAGAAUCAGAAGAUGGAAAUAGAAAUUAUGAUAAUACAGGAAAAGCGACCUACAUGGAGGCCUGCAAAAAAGGGGGAGUAGUUCCUGUGACAUAUUUCAUCAAGCACAUGAAUGAUAGCAAUCUACAGCUUAGACAUCAUGGACUAGGUCCCAUGGGAACCAAAGCAGUGUCUGUGGCUUUAGUGAGUAACACUAAUGUACUGAAGUUAGACCUCAGUGACAACUGGCUUGGGCCUUCUGGUGGACAUUCAGUGUGUGAGAUGCUUAAAGAAAACUGUUAUAUUACAGAACUGAAUCUUUCAGAUAACAAACUUGGGACUGAAUCUGCCAAAGAUCUCUCUGACAUUAUACAGAAUAGCAAUACACUCACUCAUAUAACACUCUCAGGGAAUGACUUGGAUGACAAGGCAGCUGAACACAUUGCAGAAGCAAUAAUGAAUACGCAAAAAUUAGAAUUUUUAGAUCUAAGUCAGAAUAAGCUUGGUGAGGUGGGUGGAGUGUUAUUGGGUCCAGCCAUAUCUGAAAACAGUUCUAUCAAAGAGAUGAAUCUGAGCUGGAACUGCAUCAGAGCCAAAGGAGCAGUAGCUGUGGCACAAGGGAUUAAGAAUAAUGUGUUUAUGAAGAAAAUUAAUCUUGAUUGGAAUGGGUUUGGGAACGAGGGUGCCAUAGCUCUGGGAGAUGCUUUGAAAGGAAACUCAGUACUUGAGGAGCUUGAUAUCUCGAAUAACCGUAUCAAUACAGAAGGUGCUGUUUUAUUUGGGAAGGGGUUAAUGGUGAAUGAAUCACUUAAAGUGCUGAAGAUUGGGAUGAAUCCUAUGCAAAGUGCUGGUUGUUUUGCAAUUCUCACAGCAGUUCUAAAAAACCCCAACAAUAUUCUCCACACUCUGGAUUUUUCGCGUAUCCUAGUCAACACAGACUUCCUGGAUCUGUUAAAACAAGUCCAAGAAACAUUCCCAGAACUGAAGUGCCACCAUGGAGGCAUGGAGAUUUUUGAGAUGCCCGAGAUCAAAGUUCAUCCCAUGGUGAAGAUUGAUCGGUUCUUAGAAGAGCAAAACUUACGCCUGAUUGACUUCUUCUGCCGUUUUGAUGAGGAUCACAGUAUGAGUGUUACCCAUGAGGAGUUUGCUCAAGGAAUGAGGGACAGUGGCAUAAACAUGACAGAGGAUGAUAUCCAGCUGCUGUUAGGAGAGCUAGACAGGGAUGGGGAUGGGGAGGUCAAUUACAGUGAACUUGUUGUUGGCUUCAAGAAAUUUAUUGAAGACAGGAAAAAAUUAGCUGGCGUCAUCAAGCAAAUGAAAGCACAAACAGAUGCAAAAUAUAAAUAUUAAUGACUAGAUGUAUUUAAAACAUUGUAUAUUUCUGUGUAUGAAGAUUAUCAGUCAAAUAUGUAUAGUUAUAAUGCAGACUUAUUAAAGUCAUUGUACUUGAGGCCAACCACUGUCAUUUUCAAUGCUUUCAAGAAUUAAAAGUAAGACAAUUCAUAGGAAAAAAGAAAAAAAAAGAAUAAACAUCUUAUUUGUAUCAGAUGUAAAAGGUUUGAAUAGUUUAUGUCAAAAUUGUAUAAGGGUAAAAAUUUACUCCCAUUAAAGUUUUAAAAUUAUUAUUUAUGCGCCAUAAACCAUGACAUCUUAAAAGCAUUUCACUGUAGGGAAUUGUAUUUGAAGACAAUCAUGUUAGUAUAUCAUUGUUUGUGUUUUAAUGGUUGUUUGUGAAACAGAAAUCAAAGCUGUCGUAAUGGGCUUAUAUACAGUGCCACCCAUUAUAUGCCAAAACCCUCAACAUAAUGCAGUAAUUUAACUCUGCAUGCAAAAUAAUGCCCACUAUUAUGUAUUUCUCUUACUUCAGACUUUCAUUUAUUAGUAUGUGAUGAAUUGUGUUUGAAAGAUGUAUAUUGCCAUACAAAAAUACAUUGCAAUGUUUGUACAGUAUACAUAACACCCAUUGGUCAUGUGUAGAUUUAUGCAAUUCAGUGUACUUAAAUGCCUGAAACAAACAUUGUAUAAACUAGAAUUCACAAAAAGGCAGCUUUUUCAGACAAAUAUUGUUGGCAUGGCAUAGUUUUUUAUUGCUUAAGUUUUCGUAAUGGAUUACUUUUGUUUGUAAAAUAUUUUUGUAGGUGCUGUUUUGUUUAAGUCGCAAUGUUUGUGCUGGUUGUCCCCAGAGGUAUUAAGGCAAACUUUGGUUAUAUAUUAUUUAGAAUGCCACCUUGCCAAGAGAAUGUGUGCAAAUUCUAGACCACCUUUUCAAUCAAACUUUUUUCUAUUUUUUUUUUCUUUUCUUUAAUUCACUAAAUUAUGUAAUGGAGUUGUUUCUGUUUUGAUUAUAAACAAAUCACAGUAUUUCACAGAUUUUGAAUUAUUACGACAGAAACGUUUGGGAUACGUGACACUGUAGUGACAAAAUCACUGUUCACAAUAAAAUAUAUUUUGUA